AUGCGGAUCAUGCGUCCUGCUUCCCUUCGCGGUCCCUUCGCGGUUAACGGCUAUUCGCCAUGCCAGGACGCCACUUGCGGCGACAUGGUGAACCUGCAAACCCAUAGCGCAUCAGACGCCCUUGCCUCAGCAACCUCUUUGGCCCCGGGGACGACAUUUGAUCCCCAACUGCCAGACACAAGCGUCCUGGCUGCUCAAGGCUUUGUACUCGCGCUGACAGCCGUAGCCGCGGGGUACUGGUGGCUUGUGGUUGUGCCUUCAGAGCGCGCUGCGUUAGGUCGCAGUAAGCGGCUAGGGCCGCUUAACACCUACCUCCAGGAGCUGGAGGGGCCGGAAGCUACACAGGAGCGAUGUCUGGACAACCCGAUCGUGGCCACAGGGGUGCUGUUGCUGCUGGCAUCGGCGGCAGGGGUCCUGCAGCAGCAACUGCUGCGAUAG